AUGGUCACCACACAAAGCCGUCAGCCUUCCUCCUCCGCUGGCCCUGACCACAGUCCAUCUUGCUCUGUGCGCCGCCGAUUUGCUGCUGAUCCUUCUUUAGUCGUCAUGUCUGCUACAUCCCAAUCACGGCCUUCCUCCUCCUGGCGCACUUCCAAGUUGUUUCUUGAAUUUUAUGCUAAUUUUUCCGAUGUCUCCGCUGCCUCUGUUGCUCUGUCUGGACUUGUUGUGCAUGUGUAUGGGAUUCCUAAUCCGUUCAAUUUCCACUUUAUUUCAGCUGCCCUUGGUAUGGCUCCUAUUCGCUCUGGCAGUUCAUGA